AGGUUCCCAGAGCUCUUUGCGGCCAAGCAGUGGCGGCCGGCCCUGCAUCCGGAAGGUGAAGGACGCGACGUGGCGAAGAAGAGGUUACGGCUUCGCUUCGGCAACUUCGCGGCUUCGCAAGUGAGCCAGUCCCCGCGCAUCGAAUGAGACGAAUCCGACGAAACAACUCGGGCCCGAUGCCCCGCACUGGGAUCAAGGGCCUGGAGCUUCACAGGAGAGGUGCGCCAUGGAAAGCCGGGGGUUGCUCUGUCGAAGCCUUCGAAGGUGCGAUCAGAUACCUUACCCGCUACUCCGAAGACCCGCUUCGUUUAGCGGACUGGCACUUCGACGUCGUGGCUACCAGGCCUGAGGCGCGGCCUGAAGCGGACGGUCAGGCGGUCGCCGCCGAGCUCCAGGACUUCUUCUUUCGCCCUGCCUUCCAGGCGCCCUGGAUCCUGGAGCGCUUCAGGUUCUUCGCGGCGCCCAGCUGCGACCUCUUCGCGCGGCCCGCGGCGUCGGCCCGCGGCGUCCUGCUGCUGCACAGCCGAGGAUGGCAGGUGCGGGAGAUCUGUCGCGAGGCGCGGCGCAGCAAGAACCACGUCUUCUUGCUGAGGAGCUCACAGCCUCUCGCGGAGCUCCAGAACAUGUGUGACAACAAUGUGCUGGUGCUGGAGGAUGAGGACCGGGUCAAGGUGAAGGUGUGCUCCGUGCGGAAUGCUGGCGCGAGGGCGGGGGAGCUGAAAGGCGCCUUCCGGAUGCACUGGCCCUUGUGGAGGCGCCUUGCUCUCAAGCUCUGCAACGUGGGCGACAUGUAUCGAGAACCGGGGCCUUCCCGAGCGAAGGAAUCGUUGCGCCAGGCCAUGGGCGCCGCAUGCUGCUCCGAAGCCAAGCCCGGGCAAAAGGAGCAGCUGGCCAGCGGCGCCGCGCCCAUCGACGCGAAGGCGAAGAGCGCCCAGCCGGGGCCCGCGCCAGUGGCUGCAGCCAACGACGGGGAUGGCUACAACUACAAGGUCUUUCCAGACGGCUCCAGAUACGAAGGCCAGUGGAAGGACGGGCUGAAGCACGGCAAGGGUCGAUUCAUCUACCCUGACGGUGAUGUCUACGACGGCGAGUGGUCGGAUGGAAAGGCUCACGGUCAUGGGACCUACACUUCCAAGCAGUCGAAGUACGUGGGAGAGUGGCAGAGCGACUUGAAACAUGGCCAGGCGGUGGAGGAGUGGGACGACACCUCCAAGUACACUGGCACCUACUCCCACGGCCAGAAGCAUGGGAAGGGCAGGUUUGAGUGGCCUGACGGCUCGGUGUACGACGGGGAGUUCCGCAACAACAACGUUGAAGGUGAGGGAACCUUCACGUGGAAGGACGGACGACAGUACAAGGGCCAAUGGGUCGACAACCGAAUGCACGGGGAGGGCCGGUACGAGUGGCCCGAUGGUCGAGCCUAUGAAGGCCAGUACAUCAACGACCUCAAGGAGGGGGAAGGCACCUUCCUGUGGGCGGAUGGGCGAAAGUUCACCGGCCAGUGGAAGGAUGGCAAGCAGCACGGCGUCGGGGUCUUCCGAACUGCCCACGGGGACCAGCGCACCGGGGAGUGGCGGGAGGGCGUGCGCGUGUGCUGGGUGGACGAGGCGCCCAACAACGUGCAAGCCUGA